GACAUCUCUAUUUAUCCCAGGAUCUGAGUGAUACUGGGAGAUCAGCGACAACGUGAAUCCGAGCUGGGUCAAGUCGUCUGGGAAACCAGAAAGCAAUGAAGGCAGGAGAGAAUGGAACGCUUUCUGAAACAAAGGCAAGUCUUGAUAUUCCUGGUUUUGCUGGGCUUAACUCAGGCUGGUUCUGAGCCUAGGCAUUAUUCAGUGGCUGAGGAAGUGGACAGUGGCUCCUUUGUGGCCAAUCUAUUCAAAGACCUGGGAUUGGGGGUAGAUAAUCUAGCUGUGCACCCCAGGGUUGUUUCUGAAUUGGAAAAAAAAAUUCGUUUGCAUUUUGAUAGGUAGACCGAGGAUUUGUUGUUAAAUGAGAAACAGGACCGGGAGGAGCUGUGUGGCCUUACCGAACCCUGUGUACUACCUUUCCAGAUAUUACUAGACAAUCCCUUGCAGUUUUUCCAGGCUGAGAUACGGAUUAGGGGCAUAAAUAAUCAUUCCCCAGUUUUCCCAGACAAAGAAAUAAUUUUGAAAAUUUCAGAAAGUAUCACUCCUGGAACUACUUUCCAAAUAGAGUUUGCCCUGGACUUAGAUGUAGGAAUCAACAGUUCAAGUUAUACAGUCAGCCCCAAUUCCCACUUCCAUCUUAAAUUACAAGACAGUUCCAAGAGCACAAUAUUACCACAAGCCGUGCUGGACAAAGCACUGGAUCGAGAGGAACAGCCUGAGAUCAGAUUAACCCUCACAGCACUGGAUGGCGAGAUUCCACACAGGUCUGGGACUGAUGGAUUAGACAUCAAUGAUAAUGCCCCCGAGUUUGUAUAGCGGCACUAUGGGGUGCAAAUCCUGGAACACUGCCCCAUUGGAUUCCAGGCUGCCAUCGUUUCUGCCAGAGAUUUAGAUAUUGGAACCAAUGGAGAAAUAUCUUAUGUAUUUUCGCAAGCACCUGAAGAUAUCUGCAAAACAUUUCGAAAAAAUGCAAAUUCGGGAGAAAUCCUUUUAAUACGAGAACUGGAUUUUUAAUCUACACAGACCUAUACAUUAAAUAUUCAGGCGACAGAUGGUGGGGGCUUUUCUGGAAGUUGUGUGGUGCUUGUUCAAGUAAUGGAUUUGAAUCCAUCACUGACCAUAUCAACUCUUUUCAAUGAAAUCCUAGAAAAUGUGCAGGAGACCGUAAUUGCUGUAUUCAGCGUUUCAGACACUGACUCGGGCAAUGGAAGGAUGGCUUGCUCCAUCCUAGAGGAUCUUCCUUUCAAUCUUAAACCCUCUGUUAAAAACUUUUAUACUUUAGUCACAAACACAGCCCUGGACCGAAAAGCAAGAUCCGAAUAUAACAUCACAAUCCCUGUCACUGACAUGGGAACUCCCAAGACUAAACCCGAGCACAACAUAAUCGUGUUGGUGUCUGACGUCAAUGACAACGACCCCGCCUUCACCCAGACUUCCUACACCCUGUGGGUCCGCGAUAACAGCCCCGCCCUGCACAUAGGCAGCGUCAGCGCCACAGACACCGACAACGCCCAGGUCACCUACUCGCUGCUGCCGCCCCCAGACCCGCUCCUGCCCCUCGCCUCCCUCGUGUCCAUCAAUCCCGACAACGGCCACCUCUUCGCCCUCACGUCCCUGGACUACGAGGCCCUGCGGGCCUUCGAGUUCCGCGUGGGCGCCACCGACCGCGGCUCGCCGGCGCUCAGCAGCCAGGCGCCGGUGCGCGUGCUCGUGGCGGACGCCAACAACAACGCGCCCUUCGUGCUCUACCCGCUGCAGAACGCCUCGGCGCCCUGCACCGAGCUGGUGCCCAGGGCGGCCGAGCCGGGCUACCUGGUGACCAAGGUGGUGGCGGUGGACGGCGACGCGGGCCAGAACGCCUGGCUGUCAUACCAGCUGCUCAAGGCCACGGAGCCCAGGCUGUUCGGCGUGUGGGCGCACAACGGCGAGGUGCGCACGGCGCGGCCCGACGCGCUCAAGCAGCGGCUGGUGGUGCUGGUCAAGGACAACGGCGAGCCGCCGCUGUCGGCCAGCGUCACGCUGCACGUGCUGCUGGUGGACGGCUUCUCACAGCCCUACCUGCCGCCCCCGGAAGCGGAAGCGGCGGCCGCGGCGCCGGCCGACCCGCUCACCGUCUACCUGGUGGUGGCCUUGGCGUUGGUGUCGUCGCUCUUCUUCUCCGUGCUGGUGUUCGUCUUGGCGGGUCGCUGCCCGGUGGCCAAGGGCCACUUCCCAGGCCACCUGGUGGACGUCAGCAGCAUGGGGACCCUGUCGCAGAGCUACCAGUACGAGGUGUGCUUGACAGGAGGCUGGAGGUUAAAUGAGUUUAAAUUCUUGAAACCGAUUCUUGCUAGUAGUCUGGUUCAAGACACUGGGCAGGAGUAGCGCAGAUCUGCAAUUCCAAGAAUAGCCGUAGGUUUCAUUAACAUUAGAAUCAAAGUUUUUUGACUACGAAAGUGUAGGGAAGGAGCAAAUUGGUUAAGAUGGCGGUGAUCAGACUCACCCCCAAGGCCUCUGGUUCUCACCCAGCUUUUAAAAAUACCUAGUUAUAUUACAGCUGAGCUCAUUUAUAGCACUGCGCAGGCGCAAUGCCCUAUAUACGCACCACCUGAGUUCUUGGGACAAGUCAAGUAGUUGCAGUUGCUGCUGUGUAGGCUAUUAAGAGAGUAAAGCAUGUCUGCCUUGAAUGCACGGUGAAUAAAGAAUGUCUACGGUUCCUUUGCCUCCUCGCA